AUGGCUGACAUCAUCAUGGAAUCGCCGCCGCCAUCCAACGACGCGAUCGCAGCCCUUGACGAUUGGAUCAACAACAAUUCGGACCGCGAUGGCAGCUUGCGUAAUCUAGCAGCAGACCGGCAGCUCGCCCCGCAGUCCUUGGAGCAAGCACCCCGCAAGAUUGUUAGUUUGGGAUGCGACAGUCUGUACGUCGUGCUCCCCGGUUUCGUGGCCGACCUUGUCGACCAAAUGGAUAAGAUCCAGCUUGGUCAGUUGUUCAACCAUGUUCGCGUGAGAUACGCCGUCAAUUCGAGCAACGGACUCGGUCAAGACCGUCAUCCCUACAACCCGCUGAACCGUUUUCCUACCGGCAAAUCCUUCGCUCUCGACAAAGGCGUUCUUGUCGUCAACUCCAAGAAGGCACAGCCGCCCGACACCAUGCCCCCGAAAGGAGAACUCCGAAGUCUGAAGGUAGAGCAAAGUACGAGGUAG